UGCGGCCGGGCUGAAGACAGUGCGAGCGAGUGAGAUACAGAUAUUCGGGCGCGCAACAGUGAAAAGCGUUUGAAGGGCCAUAGAUACAAGAUAAUGCCCCAUAGAGGAGUCGUCCGCCUCUCCGCCAGCCGAUAUGUGAAAAUCGCCCACUGAGGCGAGAGUGAAAGUGUGUGAAAGCCAUCUCGGCGUUUAAAAAAUGCGCACAUUUUAAAGUUCAAAAGUUGGCAGCGGGCGAAACAAAGCGAAGUAAGAAAAAACAAACAGAGAGAUGAAAAACCGAGAAAAUUCCUCAGAUGUUGUUCUUUAAGGCAUACGAAAUACUCAAAUAAAUUAUCAUCAGCCUAAUCAACAUCAGCGUUAUUAUCAGCAGGAGCAGGAGGAGUCAAACUUUUCAUUUUCCACGCAAGCCCCUUCUUGAGUUGCCGAAAUGAGCGCAGCGUCGGGAGCGGGACCAGGUGGUCCGGGCGGAGUGGGCGGCGGCGCCACCCACAUCUUUCGCUCGCUGUCGUCGGAGAGCCAGAAGCGGGAGUGGUCCAAGAGGCUCUCCCUCCGGGGAAUGCGUCACGGAGGUCCUGGCGGCACUGGAACAGGAGCGGCAGCCUCGAGCCUGGCCAGCAGCAAGGAGGAGAGCAAACACAGAAAGUUCUUCAGCCGCUCGGCCUCGCUGCGCCAGGCGGGGAGUGGAGCAGGUGGCAGCCAGCAGAGCUCCAUGGAGCUGCAUGUGCCCGGCCAGGAGGGGAAGGGCGGAGCGGGAGGAGGAGCCUCCUCCGGGGCGGGCUCACCGCAGACCCAGACGCAGCCGUCGACGCCGAAGAAGUCCAACUGGGAGGUGAUCGAACAUUUCAAUACGAGUGCCAAGGGAGGCAAGGCCAUGGUUAGCAGCAGUUUGAUUGCGGCUGGCAUUACGCGGUGCAACAUCGACGAAUCCAUGGACUCCACCAACUCCAGCUCCACCUGCCACAGUCCCAUGAUCUAUCAACGUGACGAGACGCAGCUGCUGCAGCCAGGCGAUGCCGGCAACGCGGAGGCCAACAAUCCGCUUCCGGGCGGCGGAGGAUCCGGAACAGGCAAUGGUCCUGUGAGCCCCAGCAUCUCCUUCUGGUUCCGCCUGAACCGCAUCAUCCUGCGCCUCUGCUCCACGCACCAGUUCAAGAAUCUCCAGGUGGAAAUGCUGUAUCAGCGGUAUUUUCUGCGUAUGAACCAGAGCAACACGACGCACAUUCUGGCCCUGCUUUUGGCCCUGAUUUUGGCCCUGUCCUGCACGCAUUUGGUCUUUACCACGCUGCAGCUGCGGCGCAGCACCUCCCUGUUGCUGGAGAUCAGCGAAAUUGGGCUGGACGCAAAUGCGACCGUUGGCAACUUGACGACCACCACAAUGAAGCCACCGACAUCAGCGGGUCAAAUUGCCCAAGGCAGGAGCUUCGUGCCGGUUUUGGGCCCCAAUUCCAAUGCCAGUCGGAAGGCCAACGAGGCGGGGGCUGGCGGCUCUGAUUUGGAAUCGGCCCAUAGCCACAGCCCCGCCGAUUUCGAAGCCGACGAUAAUGGGCAGCCCGAGAGGGGGAGGCAGUGGCGCCGGCAGAAGCGCAAACAUUAUCGACGCCUCCACAAGCACCGGUACAAGCACAAGUCACACCAACAACAUCGCACCAGAUACAGGAUGCGGGAGAAGCGGAGUCUGCAGGACAUGGGGCUGGUCAGGGGGAGAGGGAGCCAGCUGAUUGUUGACACUGCCCCCGAUGAUGUGUACACAGUUUCCCGUAACCAGGAGGAGGAAGAUAGCGUUGAUGAUGAUGACGAUGGAGGGCGGAGGGUUGGCCGUAAACGCAUUACGUAUACGCCGCGUGUCCGCGACAACAAUCAAAUUUCACAACCGGAACGUGAUGAAGUGUUAAACACAUCGUCAAACGCAGGUCCUGCAGCCGAUAAUUUGGACACUCCCCUGGGCUACGGCCACCUCAUCCCCCUGAUCCUGCUGCAGGUGGACAGGUCCGUGCUGGUCUUCCUCAUUGUCAUGCUAAUCUGCGGGAUUGUCUACGCCUUCCUGCUGUGCAUCCUCUCCAAGCCGGCCAUGAACGAGAUCUUCCUGGUCCUGGUGUCCUACGUCAUCUUGGCCACCUUCCUGGCCAUCGAAGUGGCCGUCAGCUAUGCCAUGAAACCCAGCAAAUCCUUCAACGGCAGCGCCUGCUGCAUCGUGCUCAUCUACAUGACCUACACGAUGCUGCCCCUCCGCCUCCGGGAGGCGCUGAUCGGAGGCUUCCUCCUGAGUGUCGUCCAUCUGUACACCUGCCUGAGGUUCACCGCCAUCGAGGACGAGGCGGCCGAGGCGCUCCACUGGGAGGAGCUGCUCUGCACUCUGGUGGCCCUGCUCCUGGCCAACCUCACCGGGGUCUACACCCACUGGCCCAAGGAGAAGGCCCAGCGGAAGGCGUUCAUCGAGACGCGGCAGUGCAUCGAGGCCAGGCUGAGGACCCAGCGGGAGAACCAGCAACAGGAGCGCUUGUUGCUGUCGGUGCUGCCUCGUCAUGUGGCCAUGGAGAUGAAGGACGACAUUGCGGGCCAGCCACGUGACACACAGUUCCAUAAGAUAUACAUCCAGCGGCACGAGAACGUCAGCAUCCUUUUUGCGGACAUUUGCGGUUUCACCAGCCUCUCGGAUCAGUGCACCGCCGAGGAAUUGGUGCGCCUGCUGAACGAGCUCUUUGCCCGCUUUGAUCGAUUGGCUGCGGAGCAUCAUUGUCUGCGCAUUAAGCUGCUGGGCGAUUGUUACUACUGCGUCUCCGGGCUCCCAGAACCCCGUCCGGAUCACGCCCAUUGUGCCGUCGAAAUGGGUCUCGAUAUGAUUGACGCCAUCGCCCUGGUCCGCGAGGUUAUGGCCGUGAAUGUGAACAUGCGAGUGGGCAUCCACACGGGCCGGGUGCACUGCGGCGUUCUGGGCCUGGUCAAGUGGCAGUUCGACGUUUGGUCCAACGACGUGACGCUGGCCAACCACAUGGAGAGUGGCGGCAUUCCCGGACGCGUUCACAUCACCAAGGAGACCCUCAAGUGUCUGGAUGGCGAUUACGAGGUGGAAGUUGGCAAGGGAAACGAACGCAAUUCGUAUCUGAAGGAUCAUCAGAUAGAAACGUACCUAAUUGUGCCGGGGGACAUAUACAGACCGCACAAAAAGUCUCGCAAUCGCCUGCAGGUCAAUGGCAAUAUAUCCAAGGAGCUGCGCAUGAUGGGGCAUGGCACGGCCCAAAAGCAUACUUCCAAAUUUGGCUUUGGCGACAGUUCGGAGAGCACCAAGGAUCCCGAGGACGAGGUGAACGAGUAUCUCAUGCGCGCCAUAGAUGCCCGCAGCAUUGAUCACCUGAGGGCCGAGCAUUGUCAGUCCGUGCUGCUCUGCUUCAAGGAUAAUGUGCUGGAGAGGAAGUACGCCAGCGAACCGGAUCGCAUGUUGUGUGUUUACUUCUACUGCAGUCUGUUGGUUUUGCUCGGCACCAGCAUAAUGCGGCUGGUGGUGUUCCAGAGCUCCCUGCUGACUUUGGCCUUGUCCACCGGCGCUCUGCUGCUGCUCGGGCUCCUGGUAUUUCUGGUGGCAUGUCACAAAAUCAACUUUCAGCUGCCAUCGGACAUCAAACGCUUCUCAUUGCGCAUUCAUAGCAAUCGCAGGAUAUCGCAGUUUUUCGCCUUCGCCAGUGUCGCCCUGAUUGUCCUCACCACUCUGCUGGCCAUGUUCCAGGAAUCGGCCCGCCAACUGGAGCUGCUGCAGAGGAGUCGCUUUUGGCUGGAUGUGUACGGGAAUGCCAGUCUGAAUGGCACCCAGCUCAGCGCGCAGAUGUUCGACCAGGAGGAACCCUUGUGCGAUUUCUACCUGGCCUAUAAUACCUUCCUGCUGCUGACGCUGCUCUCGAUGAUGAGCUGUGCCACCUACCAAGUGCUGCGCAUCCUGCUGAAGCUGCUGCUGCUCCUGCUGGCCUCCGGCAGCUACAUGGCCUGCUCCAGCUACUUGUACUCGCACUGCAGGGACACAAGCCACGAGCUGCUGAACGAGGAGGCCCUGCUGCGCUACAUAAUUGAUUGCAUCUUCCUGUUCGCCUUCAUGCUGGCCCUGAUCUUCCACAGCCACCAGACGGAGGCCACUUACCGCCUGGACUUCAUCUGGAAGCUGCAGGCCACGGAGGAAAAGGAGGAUAUGGAGCACCUGCAGGCUUACAACCGAAAACUGCUCGAAAACAUUCUGCCCGUCCACGUAGCCGAGCACUUUCUGAGCCGCGAAAAGCACCUUGACGACCUGUACCACGAGCAGUGCGACUCGGUGUGCAUCUUGUUCGCCAGCAUUCCCAACUUUUCCGAGUUCUAUGUGGAACUUGAGGGCAACAACGAGGGCGUCGAGUGCCUGCGACUGCUCAACGAGAUUAUCGCCGACUUCGACGACCUGCUCAGCGACGAGCGCUUCCGCUGCAUCGAGAAAAUCAAGAGCACGGGCGCCACUUACAUGGCGGCAUCCGGGCUCACGGCGAACACCUGCGACCGGGUGAACUUCAGCCACGUGACCGCCAUGGCCGACUACGCCCUCCAGCUGUUCGACAAGAUCGAGGAGGUCAACAUGCACUCCUUUAACAACUUUCGGAUGCGAAUAGGGAUUAAUAUUGGUCCCGUGGUGGCCGGGGUCAUUGGAGCCUGCAAGCCUCAGUAUGACAUUUGGGGCAAUGCCGUCAACGUGGCCUCGCGAAUGGACUCCACGGGUCUGGUGGAUCACAUCCAGGUGACCCAGGAGAUGCAGCAGAUUCUCGAGGGACGCGGCUUCGAGCUCACCUGCCGCGGCAGCGUGGAUGUGAAGGGCAAGGGCUCCAUGAUCACCUACUUCCUCAAGGGCAAGAAGCCUAUCGAAGUCAAGGAGGACCUGGCCCAGGCCGAGGUUGAGCCACCCAAGACCUUGACUUUGGCCAAGGAGCCGGAGAAGUCGGCCGGAAAUGCGGAUAAGCAGCCGGAGCAGGCCAAGGAGGAUUCCGUGGAUCAGGAGGACGACCUGCUGCCCUCGCCCGACAUCGAUAUGAACUCCAACAUGCAGAAUCUCACGGCGCAACGGAGGAAGUCCCUCUGCCGGCAGCACAACAUAUCCUCCUCCUUCGGCACCACAGUGAGCAGCUCCACGGGCAUAACCCCAAGUAUAUCCAACAGCUCCAGUGUGGUCACCAUCGGAGCCCUGCCCACCAUCCUGCGAAGUGGUAAUCCAAAUUCAAAUCCCAAUCCCACAACCACCGACAGUUGCUCGGAGUGCGGAGGAGCCAGCAAGUCCCUGGCCACGCCCACCGCUCCGCCCAGGACCCUGGUGGCGGACCUCAAGGAUGAGAUAGCCAGGGAUGAGAAGAUCGGCUUAAAGGACUCCAUUGAGAACCUGGAGAUUCUGCUGAAGAACAACAUCAGCCUGUCGGAUUUGAGCAACAAGCAGCAGCAGAAUCUGCGUGGUGAGACGAGCAGUUCGACCACCACCACCCUGCGGAAAAGGGACACCAUUGUGAGCUUCAAUGUGACGGAGACGGUGACCACCACGGCCACGCCCUUCUCUUCCUCCUCGGGCUCAUCCAACUCCUCCGCACAGCCCAAGAAGCGCCGUUCGGUGACCACCAUUGCGGCCAGUUUCACCACCUCCACCACCACUCGUCUGCUGUCCAACGAGAGCCAGAGCUCCACGCAGACGGCGCCGGGAACCCUGGAGAGCGGUGGCUCCUCGGUGCCCGGCCAGUCCUCCACGGAGAACUCAUCGCAGGACUGGCAGCCCCGAACGGCCUCGCUGGAACCCAACCGCAGUCCCAUCAAGACCUCGCAGUCCAUGAGCCCCAUCGGCCAGCUGACCACCGACGUCUUCGUCCUGCCCAACAGCCGGAGCAUGGUGCUCAUUAGCAGCACGAACGGAUCGGUUUCCGGUGGCGGGGGCAGUAGCCCGAGGACCGGUCUCCUGCAGGAUGUGAGCACGUAGAGGAUGCGCAGGCAGCCGUGUAAAUAUGUACAGAACCGCCGGCACUUAGUUGAGGUAGCAUUCUAACUAAAGGUAAGGGUAAGCUAAGGAUAGAGGUAAUGAUUGUGGUUAGGAUAUUGAUUGGGCUUUCCAGUACUCAGUACAGUCGAACUUCUUUAGCCAGGAACUUUGCUGUUUUUUCAGAACCAAGAAAAAGUCGAAAACUCUAAAAUUAUUAUCUUAAAAUUGUAUUUUAAAUAUUUCCUUUGGAAAGUGUAAUAAAAAAAGGUUAUUUAUAAUGUAUCUAACUUUAUAACAGUAUUUAAUUUAUGAAAUACUAUAAUAAAUGUACCUAUAAUAUUUUUAUUUCCUUGUGCCAAGAGGAUUUCUAUUAGAACUCAUUAUAUUUGCCCAAUUUAAAAACUUUUAAAAUUAUUAUAAUUUGGAAGAUCUGCAUAUUUGGAAAGUUUCCGGCUACAGAGUUCGACUCUACUCCCAGCUUCUCCUACCCCCUGUAUGAUCUCGCAUUUAUUGUAGCUUUACAUGUUCCUCAGUUAGCGUUUCAGGGCACCAACAAUAAGCAAAUUCCAUAUCACACACAAAACUAAAGUACGAAAGCAAGUUUUGCACUUCAACUGGGUACCAAAGAGCAUUGUUAGAACUGUUAGGCAUUCGAUAGGUUGUAAGUUCGGAGGAAGGUCCUUGGCAAGGAGUCUAGGUGAGUAAGGUUCCUAAGUGUGUUUGCAGUAGAGUGUAAAUUUAAAGGGCAUAAUUGUGCAAAAGAAAUCGAAUUUAAUGUUUAUUGUCAAACGAAUAACUAAGUACGAGUUUUUGGGAAUGCAAUUGGAAGCUCUCAAUCAAUUAAAUUCAUUGCAAUGUAUUUAAACGAGUUUUCUGUUAAUUUAUGAUAUAUCUAUUGAUCCAAUUUAGCAGGUAGCGCAAAACAGGAUUAAUAUUUUCCAUUUAAAAUUGAAUGUUACAAUAGGAUCAAUUGCAUUCCCCCGAAAAACACUACACCGAGCUAUGGGCAGCACACAAUUAUAAUUUCCAUGGAACUAUAUUCCAAGCAUCUUCACAGCCAUAAAAGAUAUUUUUUGUGGCUAUCCAGGGCUGGUGUUUUCUCAUAAAUCUAAAAAAUCUGUCAAUUGAAGAGCAACAAGAAAACUAUAUUGCAUUGUUGCACAAACGAUAUUUACUUGGGCAUAAGUUUAAAUAAACAGAGUAUCAAAUACGAGUAAUGUUAAAUGUUAAAACAGUAUCGUUUAUAUGUAACGUUAAAUGUGUUUCAAUGUCUGUAUGUCUCAACGUUGCUGAAAGCAUCAACACUAAAUAUAAUUAUAACAUUAAAAUGGAUGCAACAAACACAAAUUAUGCGUAAACCAAAGAAAAACAUACAAAAUUCUCGCUGUGAUUUCUAUGACGAAGAUGAAGAGAUGCAUAAAUUAUUUGAUAACCUUUUGUUACUUAGUUUUAACUCGCAAAUUUUACGAGAGCCUCUCGGCCACUUUGACUACGGCUAGCUACGAACUAUGAUUUAACUGAGAAUCCAGUAUCCUAUAUAGUUUAUACAUAGGUGUAUGCGUGUAUUGAACUCGAUGUUGAUUAGCUUUGGUGUUCAGUUUCAAGUUGAUAAGAACCAGAAUAAAACCAGUCAAUGUAAGUGUUUCAUUGUGCAGUCAACAAGGAAAAUAAAAAACAAAAUGUGUUAAUAAAUGGCGCUGCUAAUUUCGGAAAA